GAUUCCCGCAUACCACCGCACUGCACCCGCAUCUCCACCUGUGAUGAGCACGUGAAGAAGCGUGCUUGCAGACGGAGGUGGUGAACGCGUUUAGGGGCUGAAAGAAACAAGCGGUCCACCAUUGUCUGCGUAGAAAUAAGAAUGGCGUGGAUGUGGAAGAAGAAGUCGUUGAUCGCGACCAGUCUGAUUGUGGCGAUGUCGCUCUUCGUGGUCGUGGUGAACUACUCUGAGAAGCCCUACUUCCUCCUUGGUGAGACUUUCAGCAGCCACUGGAUGUUCUCCAAGCAGCCAUACAAGGCUUUCAAGCCUCACCUGGGCUACGUCAGUAUCCCCAAACAGGAGCCCCUGAAGCUGAACUGUGAACUGUGCAGCAUCGUGUCCAGCUCUGGUCAGAUGUUGGGCCAGGCGGCCGGCCCGCAGAUCGACCUCCCCUGCAUCUGGCGGAUGAACAACGCACCCACACGGGGGUUUGAGAACGAUGUGGGCCGGCGCACGACUCUGAGGGUCGUCUCUCAUACCAGCGUCCCUCUGCUGCUGCAGAAGCCCCAGUACUUCUUCGGCCAGGGCAACGACACGGUCUACGUUGUGUGGGGGCCGCUGCGGAACAUGAGGAAGGACGGGAAAGGCAUUGUGUACAACAUGCUGCGACAGGCGUCGGAAAACUACCCCCACGCUCGCAUCUAUGUCACCACAGAGGACAGGAUGAACUAUUGUGACAUGAUCUUUAAAAAGAGACCGAAGAGACAGAUUGCUGAUUUAUGUGGAUUGUCAGACUUGGUCGUGAACGUGCUUUCUCUCCCUCCACAGAAGAAGUCGUUGAUCGCGACCAGUCUGAUUGUGGCGAUGUCGCUCUUCGUGGUCGUGGUGAACUACUCUGAGAAGCCCUACUUCCUCCUUGGUGAGACUUUCAGCAGCCACUGGAUGUUCUCCAAGCAGCCAUACAAGGCUUUCAAGCCUCACCUGGGCUACGUCAGUAUCCCCAAACAGGAGCCCCUGAAGCUGAACUGUGAACUGUGCAGCAUCGUGUCCAGCUCUGGUCAGAUGUUGGGCCAGGCGGCCGGCCCGCAGAUCGACCGUUCUCCCUGCAUCUGGCGGAUGAACAACGCACCCACACGGGGGUUUGAGAACGAUGUGGGCCGGCGCACGACUCUGAGGGUCGUCUCUCAUACCAGUGUCCCUCUGCUGCUGCAGAAGCCCCAGUACUUCUUCGGCCAGGGCAACGACACGGUCUACGUUGUGUGGGGGCCGCUGCGGAACAUGAGGAAGGACGGGAAAGGCAUUGUGUACAACAUGCUGCGACAGGCGUCGGAAAACUACCCCCACGCUCGCAUCUAUGUCACCACAGAGGACAGGAUGAACUAUUGUGACAUGAUCUUUAAAAAAGAGACCGGAAGAGACAGGAUCCAGUCUGGCUCCUACCUCAGCACGGGCUGGUUCACACUCAUCCUCGCCAUGGACAUGUGCAAAGAGAUCCAUAUCUACGGCAUGAUAAAUGACACCUACUGCAAGACGGAAGGUUACAAAAGAGUUCCCUACCAUUACUAUGAGGCGGGCAGCCGGGAUGAGUGUGCUGAGUAUCUCCUCCACGAGAGCGCCCCGUACGGAGGACAUCGUUUCAUCACGGAGAAGUCUGUUUUUGCCAAGUGGGCCAAGUCUCACGCCAUCAAAUUCUUCAACCCACAGUGGCAGCUGUCAUGACCCUGGCUGAACCGGCACGGAAAUAUCAAUAUCAUAACUUAUCAUCCACAGAGACCAAAUUAAUCUCUGCAGUGACACUAACCAACACACACAACAUUUUUUGCACAAAUUCCACCCCAUAUCUACUAAUAAAGGUUGUUUGUAAGGUCCUGGUUGGUUACACAUGGAGCCUCAUAAAAAAGAAAAAAAAAAUACAACAUGGUCAGCAAUGACACAUCUCCUGCUUUCUGAAUUUAAAGCCUUCUCCUGAAUUUUAGAGCUGAGGCUCGCUGCUCUGCACUGACUAAUCGAUCUGUUCACUGCUGUGUGAGUCUAGCAAAGGAUGGUAUGAAGGCAUGGACUUAAAAAAAAAAGAGGAGAAACAAGUGUCCGUCAACUUGCAGUGACCUCAGUGGCUCAGAUGCCCAUGGGCUCUACACAUCACAGAGGCUGAAUUUGCAUUUUCUCUCUGGGUUGUAGCUGAAGAAGAGCUUAGCUGCCGCUGUGGAGGCGAGUCGCAUCAGCUUGGAUGUCUGACGAGCUCGUCCACUUUGUUUCCGCUGCGUGUCUGUCUUCUGUCAGGCUGUAAUUAAUCUAUAACGAGUAUCAUUCAGGCCUUCAUCUCUGACUGAGCGAGUAUUGAAGGCAGAUGCUCUGUCAGAUUCAAUUUUACUCAGUUCUGUUCAAAGAUGCUUCAAAACAAGGUCAUGUGAAAAAGACAGCACAAGCAGAUUCCAGUCAAACUUGAAGGUAAACAGAUGGAAAUGUAAUUCAGCUUCUUUGCUUCAUAUACACAACUUAAAGAUGUCCUCUUUUUUUUUUUUUUUUUUCUAAUGCUGUGAAAUUGACCUUUAAGACACAUGUUGUGGUGUUGGCUUGAUGUCUGGAUUGUUUGCUAAUUUAUUCCUGCAGAGAUAAAUUCUUAAUUCUCUUGAACAGUGUGCCAAUCGACAGUGUGAGCAUCACAGUGCGUAGAACAAUGUGCAAUUAGAAACUUCGUCUUUACGGAAGGAGUUAAGUCAUUUGUGACCCUGCAGAGGGAGAGAUUUAUACGUGCAGUGAAACCAUUUGACGUUAAUUGUAUUCUGUUUUCAUUUUGUGCCUGCAAUAUACUCUGCAGUUCAUUGUAUAGACACAAAGGAAGAUGCACUCGCUCUAAUACUCUCAUCCAGCUUCGUGCCUCUUUGUGUAAAGCUUUGCUGUGUGAACGCAUCUUCCCAAUUGUCUCUGGAUGAAGCGUGCGUGUCCCUUGGUUCGGGCCAUUACAUUUGAAUGCAUCUGUUCCGGGACAGUGAAGAAUAAUCAGUGAAGUGGUGAGGUGUGUAGGCUGGCUGGUAUCUGUGGAUGUGACCAUGACUGCCCCUCCUGAGGCUGUGAUUAGUGUCCUGGUCAGAGCUGUGGCCCAGAGGGGAGGACUGGAAGGACUCAAAGACUUCAAAUACAGACGACUUGGUGCAAACAGUCCCUGGUGAUUGCGGCUGAAUUUCACAGCCCUGCUGCAAAUCACUGUUUAACAACACACGGAGGCGCUCCCGUUUGUCUGUGAGCGCUGAUGUGGUGAUUUGCAGGUCAGGUUUACAGGUUAAAACCUGACUGAAUAUAAGCAUGAAAAUCCAUUUGAGUUUUUAAGGUCCAUUUGUAGCUUUUUCUAAAGCUUUUACUUAAAAAAAAAAAUCACCCAAACCUUUGAUGGACUUUUAGGCGAAAAGUUACACUUUACAUAUCAUCAGUUUCAGCAAUUCUGCACUUACUGUGUUUUGUUUUGAACGAGGUCCGACCUACACGCUGGAAAUCAGUGCUUCAAAUGCUGUGUAAACAAGUUAUUUGUGACCUAGCAGUCUUGUGUGGGAACCCUUUUAGACCCUUAAAAACUGAGACGAUGAGUGUCUGAAUGUACUUUCUGAUGGCACAGGAACUAUUAAGAAGGUGCUUAAUGUUGCUAAAACUUCAAGGCAGCUACAACUUGCAUACGACAUUUAUUCAGAUAGUAAGUAGGAAAAACAAUUUUAACAAUGCAGACUGAACCUAAAAACUUGUGUUUGAUCUCAACUUGUUGGCCUUAUAGGAACCCCCCCCCCCAAACUCUCAUCUGCUGAUGAAGACCAUAAGAGCUAGCUGAAGACCUUGAAAAAAGUACUGGAUGUGUGGAUGUUAAAACGUACCUUGUAAUUUUUUUUUUUUUUAAUCAGUAAAGAACAGUUGCAUUUACAUUCAAAAGUCUGUGUAUCCUUGAGGUUUAAUGGUUACAAUGAAUGCACUUCCAACUCAAAAAAAAAAAAAAACACUUUGAGAGCACCAUUUUAUGACAAACAAAAUGUGGAGCCACUCGUAGAAAAACAAUUUCAGAAUAAUAUUAGAGGUCAAAAAAAACUCCACAAAAUACUUUUUUUCACAUGCAGCAGAGUUUCCUACUUUGGAGACGUGCGCUAAAGGAGUUUCGGACUCCAUCCCUGCCUGUUUUCUUUGCAACACAGUUUCUAAACUCUCUCUGUCAGUGUUGUUUGCCUGAAGCCAUUUUUCACACGUGUAUUUUGGACAAUUUUGUGAGAAUCAGGUUGAGAUAUUUUCCACAGUUGUCUUUUCUCAUAUGUAUCAUAACAGCAGGAAAUAGUCCAUUUUACAUGUCUUCGCGCUACUGGAAAUACUCUGUAGUUUCGAUGAGGGAGCUGCCUAAAUACAGUACAACUUCCUGGAGGCAUUACACAUGCUGCAUUCACUGCAUGUAAUAUCACCUCCUCUAUUCUCACAUCAGUAUACAUCAGAGAUCCUCAAAUCCAGGCCUCGAGGUCCAGUGUCCUGCAGGUGUUAGAU